AUGGACGAAUCAAGUGGGACAACUGCAACGAUUAUUGACGAGUUAUACGAGUUUUCAGCGCCGCGUUUCUUUGAUUUCUUGAAAGGAGAGUCGGAAGAAGAAAAACGCAAUGCAGAGCUCUGGUUCGAAACCACCUUAAGCUACGCCCCUUCUCCUUUUAUGGCUAGAAUCAAGGCUGGUAAUAGAUCCUUUCAUGUGGAGAGUCUCUGCAAUUUUAGUGAAGAAGAUCAAAUGCAGAAGACCUCGGAAUCCUCAGAUGCAACAGCUCCUAACGAUACCUCAGAAGAUAAGCCUCAAGCUGAUCUCAUGCCUGAUAAAGUAAAGGAAGAAGAAGUUAAAUCCUCUGAGGCAAAGAUUGCUAAUAACGAUAAGGAAAAAAUAGGGACUGUAUGUGCUCAAGAAAAUGGGAGUGCCCUGACUGAAAAAGCGCAUUCAAAUGUGCCCGGUGAUACAGAGAAAAGCAAAUCUUCUGUGCAAGUCGAAACUGAAGCUUGCACCCCUAAACCAUUGAUGAAUUCUCAGAAAAAACUGGUUAGUGACAAGAAGCAUCAUACAGCUAAGAAGAUAGCUAGUAAGCUACGGAAUCCAUCAGUGUUGAAGCCGAAAAAUGGGAAUGCUGAAACUCCUAAUUUGGCUCUAGAAAACCAAGCCAUUAAACGUCAGAAACUAGAUGGAGGGAGAUCUAGACAGAUCCUAAAUGUAAAAUCCCACAACUUGCCCCACAAGUCAAAACUCGGUCUUACCAGUGGUAGUUCCAACUUAUGCUCUUCUAUUACUUCUAACAAAUUGGAAAGAAAGGUUUAUGUUCGAGAGCAAGCAGCACCAUUUGUUUCAAUGGCAGAAAUGAUGAAGAAGUUCCAAUCGAGUACCAGAGAUUUGUCACUUCCUCACAGUUCUCUGUCAAAUACGAAACCUACGCUCAAAUUGACAAGGCCUAAAGAACCCGAAUUUGAAACAGCACAGAGAAUACGCUCAGUUAAAGUGAAGAGCACCGCAGAGCUUGAGGAAGAAAUGAUGGCUAAAGUGCCAAAGUUCAAAGCAAGACCAUUGAACAAGAAGAUUUUUGAAACUCCAGCACUACCUGCAUUACCAAGAAGUACUCCAAAGCCUCUAGAAUUUCAGGAAUUUCAUUUUGAGACAAUGGCUAGAGCCAAUAAGAAUGCGGAGACGUCUUCAGUAGCUUCAACUGUCAUGUCUCGCCAGAAUAAUCAGUGGAAACUUCAUCUCACAGAACCUAAAACCCCUGUACUUCAAACAUCACUGAGGGCACGGCCUCCAAAGGUCAAAAGUUCUAUUGAACUUGAGCAGGAGGAACUUGAAAAAGCACCUAAAUUUAAGGCAAGGCCAUUGAAUAAAAAGAUAUUUGAGAGCAAAGGAGAAAUGGGAAUCUUUAGUAAUGCAAAGAAACAGGUGACUGUACCUCAAGAAUUCCAUUUUGCGACAAAUGAGAGGAUACCACUUCCCCCACUACCAGUUGUUGAUUUAUUUGACAAGCUUUCUCUGAAGUCAGAUAGCCAUGACCCACUCCCAAGAAUCACCAUUCCCAAUCCAUUCCAUCUCCAAACAGAGGAAAGAGGAGCUGAGAAAGAAAGGAAGUUUGUUACUGAAAUUAUAGAGAAGCAGUUUGAAGAGGAAACAGCCAGGGUUCCCAAGGCUAACCCAUAUCCUUACACCACUGACUAUCCUGUGAUUCCUCCAAAACCAGAAGCCAAGCAAUGUACAAAACCAGAACCCUUCCAAUUGGAGAGUCUGUUGAGGCACGAGGAGGAGAUGCAAAGAGAGAUGGAAGAAAGACAGAAAAAUGAGAGAGAAGAGGCCAAGAUGAGGAUCUUCAAGGCCCAGCCGAUUCUAAAAGAGGAUCCAGUUUCCCUUCCAGAGAAAGUUCGCAAGCCUCUGACGCAAGUGCAAGAAUUCAAUCUCCAUGUUGAUCAUAGAGCUGUGGAUAGAGCUGAAUUCGAUCAAAAAAUUAAAGAGAAAGAAAUGAAGUACAAGAGAUACAGAGAGGAGAGUGAGGCUGCUAGAAUGAUAGAGGAAGAGAAGGCAUUGAAGCAAUUGAGAAGGACAAUGGUUCCCCAUGCUAGGCCUCUUCCCAAGUUUGACCAUCCUUUCUGCCCACAAAAGUCAUCCAAGGAAACAACUAAACCCAAAUCACCACAUCUACGUGUUUUCCAAAGAAAAGAAAGGAGGAAAAUGCUCACCGCCGCUGCAACUUCCAGUCCCGCCACUCUUAUGAGGUGAUUUUGGUUCGAGGAAAAGAAGGCAGGCGGGCUCAGGGUUGUUGUUCAAGAACUUUUGAACCGCUGUGAAACAACUAACUCAUUGGACCCAUUAACUGUGACAUUGCAGAUUCAUUUCUGUACUCUUUGUACCAUUAAAUGCAAAAUAUGUAGUAAAAUAUUCCUUUGUACCAUUUCAUUAGACUCAAAAUUUCAUUAGAAUUUUUUUUCUCCAGAAUUGCACCCUUUUUUCUCAUUUAAUUUGAUCGUCGUACAAAUUAUUGAGUAUUGGUAGAUAGAGGAAGAGAAGGCAUUGAAGCAAUUGAGAAGGACAGUGGUUCCCCAUGCUAGGCCUCUUCCCAAGUUUGACCAUCCUUUCUGCCCACAAAAGUCAUCCAAGGAAACAACUAAACCCAAAUCACCACAUCUACGUGUUUUCCAAAGAAAAGAAAGGAGGAAAAUGCUCACCGCCGCUGCAACUUCCAGUCCCGUCACUCUUAUGAGGUGAUUUUGGUUCGAGGAAACGACGGCAGGCGGGCUCAGGGUUGUUGUUCAAGAACUUUUGAACCGCUGUGAAACAACUAACUCAUUGGACCCAUUAACUGUGACAUUGCAGAUUCAUUUCUGUACUCUUUGUACCAUUAAAUGCAAAAUAUGUAGUAAAAUAUUCCUUUGUACCAUUUCAUUAGACUCAAAAUUUCAUUAGAAUUUUUUUUCUCCAGAAUUGCAAUCAGCUCUAUGAACCUCUUUUCUCAUUUAAUUGAUCGUCGUACAACUACAACUUUCGGAUCUUCCAGUGUACUUUUCUCCAAAAACUAUUGAGUAUUGGUAGAUAGAGGAAGAGAAGGCGUUGAAGCAAUUGAGAAGGACAGUUGUUCCCCAUGCUAGGCCUCUUCCCAAGUUUGACCAUCCUUUCCGCCCACAAAAGUGAGAAAGU